UGCCUAUUCAAGAACCAAACCCAUUUCAAUUCUGUUCUUCUUCUUCGUCUUCUGUAUCUCUCAAGAAAAUAGAUCACACAAAAUUAAUCUGAUCUACUUAAUUAAAGUUUCUUUGUCAAUUGGGUCCUCAAUUUAUCUUCCAGUUUCAUCCAACAACUCAAAAAGGUGAAAUAAGAAGAUGGGUGGGUUUUUAUCAACGUUUUGGUUCAUGUUAUUUCCUGCAAAGGAGUAUAAGAUUGUGGUGGUUGGUUUAGAUAAUGCUGGCAAAACGACGACGCUUUAUAAGUUGCACUUAGGAGAGGUGGUUACUACUCAUCCUACUGUUGGCAGCAAUGUUGAAGAGCUUGUUUACAAAAAUAUCAAAUUCGAGGUGUGGGAUCUUGGGGGGCAAGAGAGACUUAGGACAUCAUGGGCAACAUAUUAUCGCGGCACUCAUGCUAUCAUUGCGGUGAUCGAUAGCACAGAUAGAGCAAGAAUCUCCAUAAUGAAGGAUGAACUUUUCAGGCUGCUUGGCCAUGAAGAUCUACAACAUUCUGUUAUACUCGUCUUUGCAAAUAAACAAGAUCUCAAGGAUGCCAUGACCCCAGCCGAGCUAACUGAUGCUCUUUCGCUUCAUAGCAUUAAGAACCAUGAUUGGCACAUCCAAGCCUGCUGUGCACUAACCGGUGACGGUUUGUAUGAUGGUCUAGGGUGGAUCGCACAGCGAGUUACCGGAAAAGCACCAAGUUGAGGAACAGUGAAAGAGCAUUGUUUUUCCAAUAUUGAUCGGUGUAAGAGAUGCGUAAGACAAAAAGUACCAUUGUGUUCUAUCUAACCAUACUCAUCAUCGAUUCUGUAGAUUGUUUCUUACUUUUGAAUUGAUUGGAAGAAUUUGUCAUGUAUUUGCACAUUGAAGGUUUUGAUUAUAAAUUUGCCAAUGAAGAAAAUGUUGCUAUAGAA